AUGGUAGCCUAUCAAAAGGUUAGGAGGUUUAAGAAGAUUCCUCCACUGUUUUCAUAUACAAUAUGUACUAACAAAUAUAUGGGGAUCCAUGGAAAAAACCAGAUUAGUAAUAUAAAUAAAAUAAAUAAAUUAAAUAUAAAUACUUUGAACAACUUCUUAGACACUUUUGAGUUUGAAGAGAAAGGAAAUGAUGGUAUAGAAUAUAAACGUCUUGAUGAGCUAAGUAAAUAUAUUGAAGUGAUAAAAUUGGAUAACAAUAAAAUAAAUAAGGAUAGUAAAUAUUAUGAUAUAAAUUAUGAAAAUGAAAAUGAAUUUUUUGAUGAAAAUGGAAAUUUGAAAAUAAAAAAUGAUUGUGAAAAAAAAAGUAAUAAAAAUGUUAUGAAAGAAUAUUUACAUAUUCCACCAUUUGUUUUAACAAAAUUAUGUGAAUAUGCAUUAAAAGAAAUAUUAUUUUUUUUAAGUAAAAAACAUUUAAAACAAUUACAAAAUAUAUUAAUGGAUAAAGAAUCAAGUGAAAAUGAUAAAUUUGUUGCUAUGACUUUAAUUAAAAAUGCUAUAAUAAGUUCUCAUCAACAUUUGCCAGGUUGUCAAGACACAGGAACUGCAAUUAUUUUAGGGAAAAAAGAUGAAGAAGUUUUAACAACAUAUGAGCAUAAAUAUCUUACCCUAGGUGUAUAUAAUGCUUAUAAAAAAAAUAAUUUUCGAUAUAGCCAAUUAUCACCUAUUAAUAUGUUUGAUGAAGUAAAUACUAAAAAUAAUUUACCAUGUCAAAUUGAAAUAUAUAGUAAUAUAAAAAAGAAUGGAAAUUUAAAUGAACAAAUUAAAAAAAAUCCAAAAUAUGAAUUAAUUUUUAUUGCAAAAGGAGGAGGAAGUGCAAAUAAAACUUUUUUAUUUCAACAAACAAAAAGUAUUUUAAAUGAAGAUAAAUUAUAUGAAUUUUUGUUAGACAAAAUAAAAGAAAUAGGUACAUCAGCAUGUCCACCAUAUCAUUUGGCUAUCGUUAUUGGGGGAUUAUCACCUGAAAUGAAUUUAAAAACUGUUAAGUUAGCAUCUUGUAGAUAUUUAGAUAAUUUACCAACAGAAGGAAAUAUAUAUGGUAAAGCUUUUAGAGAUAUAAAAAGUGAAAAAAUAAUUUUAGAUAAAUCCCAAAGUUUAGGUAUAGGUGCACAAUUUGGAGGGAAAUAUUUUGUUCAUGAUGUUCGAGUUAUAAGACUUCCAAGGCAUUCUGCAUCUUGUCCAAUUGGUAUUGGGGUAUCUUGUUCAGCCGAUAGACAAAUAAAAUGUAUAAUAAAUAAAGAUGGAGUAUUUGUUGAAAAGUUAGAACAUGAACCGAUCAAAUACCUUCCUGAAGUAACAUAUGAUAAUUUAAAAAAUGGAAUAAACAAAAAGUCAAGCGAUCCAAAUAUUAUUUAUGAGAAUAAUAGAGAACAUAGUAACGGAGUAGCAGUAGAUUUGAAUCAACCUAUGGAAAAUAUAUUAAAACUAAUUUCAAAUUACCCUGUUUCAACUUUAUUAAUAUUAACAGGUAAAUUAAUAGUAGCUAGGGAUACUGCACAUAAAAGAAUUGUUGAUAAUUUUAUUAAUAAAAAUAUACCAAUACCUGAAUAUUUUAAAAAACAUCCUAUAUAUUAUGCUGGCCCAGCAAAGACUCCAGAUAAUUAUGCCAGUGGAUCUUUUGGCCCAACAACUGCUGGACGAAUGGAUGCUUAUGCAGAAGUACUUAUGAAAAAUAAUGCAUCUUUAAUUUCAUUGGCUAAAGGAAAUAGAUCUUUAGCUGUUCGAAAUGCAUGUAAAAAAUAUAAUGGUUUUUAUUUAGGUAGUAUUGGAGGACCAGGAGCAAUACUAGCAAAAAAUAAUAUUCUUAAUGUUCAGGUUAUUGAUUUUCCUGAACUUGGUAUGGAAGCAGUACAUUUAAUUGAUGUUGUCGAUUUUCCAGCUUUCAUUAUAAUCGACAAUAAAGGAAAUGACUUUUAUAAUAAAUGGAUACCAUCUUAG